AUGGAAAUAUGCAAGAUAUCAAUGUUGGACCUCAAACAUUCUGGGAUAUCCCUGUCAUGGAGAGGCAAACGACGUAGCCAUCUUGUUUACUGCAGACUGGAUCGAACGCUGGUUAAUCCGGCAUGGUCUGAUAGAUUUCCCACGGGCAGAUACCAAUACCUCGGUUUCGAAGGAUCAAACCACCGACCUGUGCUCACAGUUUUUGACUCAGGAAAACAACAUAGAAACCGGUUAUUUCGGUAUGAUCGCAGACUCCGGGAAAACGAGGCUGUUAAGGAAAUAAUUGCAGAGAUUUGGAAUGCGAAUCCAGAUGCGUCCGUCAACACUCGACUAGCAAUGUGCAGACGUGCUAUCACUGUCUGGAUGCAAGAGCAAUUCUUCAAUAGUAAGGAGGCAAUUAACAAACUCAAACAGAGACUGGACGUUGCGAUGUCUGACCCCAAAGGUGACGAUAAGCUGAUAAAUGAUCUCAAUCUCGGUCUCAUGGUGGCGUAUAAAGCAGAAGAGGAAUUCUGGCGACAAAGGAGCAGAAUCAUGUGGUUAUCCUUAGGGGAUAAGAACUCAGGGUAUUUUCACGCGAUCGCCAAGGGACGUCGAGCUCGAGACAGAAUGACAGUUAUCGAGGAUGCAGUGGGUACAGCGUACUAUGAAGAGGAACAGAUUGCGGGACAGAUAAAAGAAUAUUUUUCGGGCAUCUACUCCUCGGACUUCUCGACCACCGGCUUAGCAUCUACUGUCGAGAUAGUAGGAUCAGCCAUCUCACCCUCUAUCGCACCUGAUACGAACGAAACUUUGAUCUCAGAAGUACAGGCAGUCUUCCGGACAGGAAGCUUACCACCGGUUACCAACGUCACGUACGUUCGUCUCAUUCCGAAGAUAACAGGAGCGAAGCUGUCAGCCUUUGUGCCUGAAAGAGCCAUCUCGGACAACGUUCUCAUCACACAUGAGAUUCUCCACACACUUAAGACGUCGGAAGCGGAAAUUCAUUGCUCGAUGGCCGUCAAGACAGACAUGAGUAAGGCCUAUGAUAGGCUAGAAUGGCACUUCAUUGAGACAGUCCUGGACCGGUUCGGAUUUGCAGUACCGUUCGUCAACCUGAUCAUGCAAUACACUGAUGAGAGGAGCUGCUCUGCCUUGUUAGACAUCUUGCAUCAGUAUAGAAUGUCGUCUGGUCAACUGAUAAAUGCGGCCAAGUCCUCUAUAUCCUUCUCGGCUAAGACCCCGCAGGCAAUACGGCAACGUGUUAAACAACACCUCGGGAUUGAGCAGGAAGGAGGAGUAGGGAAGUACUUACGACUACCAGGACAUUUUGGACGACGCAAGAAAGACCUCUUUACAAACAUCGUAGAUCGCAUCAGACAAAAGGCGGUUAGCUGGGCCUCAAAGCACCUCUCAAGCGCAGGAAAACUUGUCAUGCUGAAGGCCGUACUCACACCGAUCCCAUCCUAUGCGAUGACAUGUUUCGAGUUACCAGUGAGCUUAUGUAACCGGAUACAAUAUGUGCUCACGAGGUUCUGGUGGGAUGCUUCGCCAGACAAGAAGAAAAUGUGUGGGGUGGCAUGGGAAGUAAUCACAACACCAAAAGCGGCAGGGGGCUCGGGGUACGUGACAUUCAAGCUUUUAACACUGCCCUACUUGCGAAACAGGCGUGGCGGAUUGUAUCUAAACCGGACUGCCUACUCUCUAAAAUCCUUCGCGCCAAAUACUGCAGCAAAGUGUCGUUUCUUCAAGUGGAACCACCGAAAACAGCCUCUCACGGGUGGCGAGGAAUUCUAA